AUGAAAACGAUCAUCGCAGCCUGCUCACAGCACCUCAGCGGCAGCCGUGCCAGCCUCCAGCCCGCCCUGCGCACACUGCUGGCCGGGCCCUGGCCCUCGCAGCCAGACGUCCGCUCCUGCCUCCAGCUGCUGGCCGUCCUGCAGUGGGUGCUCAGCUUCCUGCUGCUGGGAACCGUCAGCCUCCUCCUCCUCGUCUACCUGGUGUUCACCAGCUUCUGGCCCAUCUCCGCGCUCUACCUGGCCUGGGUCAUCUUCGACUGGGACACACCAGAGAGAGGUGGCAGGAGGCUGCCGUGCCUGCGGCAAUGGCCCGUCUGGAGGCACUUUCGGGAUUAUUUCCCAGUGAAGCUGGUGAAGACGCACGACCUGUCCCCCAGCCACAACUACAUCAUCGGCUCCCACCCCCACGGCAUCCUCUGCGUCGGGGCCUUCUGCAACUUCAUCACGGGCUCCACGGGCUUCGGGGACAUGUUCCCGGGCAUCCGGCCCUUCCUCACCACUCUGGCCGGCAACUUCCGCCUGCCUGUCUUCAGGGAGUACCUGAUGAGCGGGGGCCUGUGCCCGGUGACUCGCCGCGCCAUCGGGUACCUGCUGUCCCACAACGGCACCGGCAACGCCGUGGCCAUCGUGAUCGGUGGCGCGGCUGAGUCGCUGUCCUGCCGCCCUGGUGUCACCACCCUCAUCCUCAGGAAGCGCAAAGGCUUCGUCCGCAUGGCCCUGGAGCACGGGGCCUCCCUCGUCCCCUCCUUCUCCUUCGGGGAGAACGACCUGUUCCGUCAGGUGGUGUUUGAGGAGGGCAGCUGGAUGAGGAGUGUCCAGCGGCGCUUCCAGAAGCUGAUGGGCUUCGCUCCCUGCGUCUUCUACGGCCGGGGCCUCACCUCCAUCCAGUCCCGAGGCUUCCUCCCCUACCCCAGACCGAUCACCACUGUGGUGGGGGAGCCCGUGACCGUGCCCAAGAUUGAGAACCCGAGCAGCGAGACCGUGGACAUGUACCACGAGAUGUACGUCCGCUCCUUGCUCAAGCUCUUCCACGACAACAAGACCAAGGCCUCAUCCUGGAGACGAAUAUCCACAGGGCCCAGGAGUUGA